AUGUCUUCUGUCACAAGAUCUUCAGAGCCUUUAAGUGUCGAGUGCUACUCUGUAGGUGCUGAAAUUGGUCGGGGAUCUUUUGCAACCGUUUAUAAGGGCUAUAUUAAGAAAACACGUGCACCUAUUGCCAUAAAGUCUGUAUUGCGAUCUAAAUUAACCAGAAAAUUACUUGAAAAUUUGGAAUCCGAAAUACAAAUUCUUAAAGGAAUUCGUCAUGAUCAUAUUGUUCAAUUAGUUGAUUGUAAGAAAACCGAUUCUCAUAUUUACUUAAUUAUGGAAUUUUGUUCUAUGGGUGAUCUGUCACAUUAUAUAAAACGACGUGGUAAUUUAAAUAGCAUCAACGCAGUCGAUCCAGGUGCAAAACCUACCAUGAGUGGCUUGAACGAAUAUGUUGUUCGUCAUUUCCUAAAACAACUAGGUAUUCAAUAUUCAUCAUUUUAUGGCAUUAAGGAAUUGUGUUCAUCAAAUGCGUUGGAGUUUUUAAGAUCACAAAACCUAAUACAUCGUGAUAUCAAACCUCAGAAUCUAUUAUUGCUGCCGCCACCUGCCGAUAAGCAAAAGGAAUCCAUCGUCGGUUCACCUGAUCUUCCAAUUUUAAAAAUUGCUGACUUUGGUUUUGCUCGUAUAUUACCAUCUACUAGUAUGGCAGAGACAUUGUGUGGUUCUCCACUUUAUAUGGCUCCAGAGAUAUUACGUUAUGAAAAAUAUGAUGCUAAAGCUGAUCUUUGGAGCGUUGGUGCUGUUUUGUAUGAAAUGAGUGUUGGUAAACCUCCAUUUAGGGCUGCAAAUCACGUUGAGUUAUUAAGAAAAAUUGAAAUCAGAGGUGAUAAAGUUAGAUUUCCUAAUGAACCAAUUGAUUUGACAGAAGAUUUUCAAUCAAAUCCUACAAAGACAUCUACAACCAAUAAAAACAGUGGUGUAACGUAUCGAGUUAUUAGUGAAGAUAUUAAAGAUUUAAUAAGACAAUUGUUGAAACGUAAUCCUGUCGAACGUAUUUCAUUCGAGGAAUUCUUUAUGCAUGUGUGUGUUGCGGGGAGAUUAGAACCCAUGCAACCAAAACCUUCUGCUAGAACAGUGCAUUCAAAAAAUAGAACCAGUCAUGAUUCGAAAGGUGUUACUAUAGCAGUAACGACAAACAUCCAGGAAAAUGAACUCAAGAAUAAUCAUGUUAGGGAUAGGUCAAGAUCAUCUCCGGUUCCAGUAACUUCUAAUAGUAACCAAUUGGAAAAUCCACAAAUUCACACUAGAUCUAAUUCAUCCCGUAAAGUCUGUGAAAUAUCACAGAAAGGCAACACAAAUUUGGAUUAUUUACAACCAUCAUAUGAUAAUCCAUCACCAUCAUCUUCUUUAUUAGUGCAAAAACCUUUGAAUUUGGAAGCAAAUCAGAAACGAAGUAAUGAAAAUGAAACUUCAACUGGUCGGUCAAAUGGAGAUGAAUUAACCGGUUAUGAAUUUGAAAGAGAAUAUGUUCUUGUUGGAUCGAAACGGACUGUAGAAGUCAAUGAAUUAGCAGAUGAACUUGCCGCAUCACCAAAACAUCAAUAUGGAAAUAAAGGUGCUAUUGUACUAGCUGGUCUUUCCAACCAAUCAGAUCUCCAAUAUCGUACACCACCACCCAAUGCAAACACUUCAGGAUCUUACCUUCUUUCGACAACGCCACCUUUCGCUUUACCCAUUACUAUAAAUCACGAGAGGGCCAAUUCCGUUGGUAGCAACAAUAGCGCGUCAUCAGCUCUAGCGAGGGCUUUAUCUGCCGCUUCAGAUCGUUUGUUUGGAACAGGCAAUUCUCCUCCAUCUUGGAGUGACAAAUAUUCAAAACAUAAAGGGAAUGCUAUUGUAAUUCCUUCCGCUGAUUUGAUGAAUGAUCCCGCAGAGGAGGCAGUUGUUAAAACAAUUGAAGAACAUGCACAUAAAGCGUAUGUCAUUUUCCAGUUCGCUAAAACGAAAUUUAAUAAACUCUUGCCACCACCACCAUCAUCCAGUAGCGACAUGGUGGAUGAUUCGCCUGUCUCAGAUAAUGUAGCCGUGGUAUUCGCGGAGGAAGCGUUUGUUUUAUAUUUAAGGGCACUUGCUUUUUUGCAGGCUGCCAUGGAUAGUGCUAAAGAAUAUUGGACAAAUGUAGGAGAAAAGAAUUCAAAUUAUCCUGGUGGAAAACGAGCUUCUCCAAGAUUAAUUGCUGAAUAUGCUAAAUCCAAUUUUCCAAUCGAAGAAAAUGUUAUAGUAGAAAGACUUCUCUAUGAUCGAGCACUUGAAAUGAGUCGCCAAGCAGCCGUCAAUGAAUUGGUUGGAGAAGACUUACCUGCAUGUGAAAAAGCGUAUCAAUCCGCUAUUUACAUGCUGAAUAGUAUUCUAGAUGUUCCUCCAUAUUCCGAAGAAAUGAUCGGUAAUGAUGAUCGAAAAGUUAUAAAUAGUUUUAUUAAGGAAAUUACCAAACGAUUAAGUUCAUUACAAAAGAAAUUGGUUAAUACAGAAAUCCCAGUAGUAACAGGUCAAAAUGGAAGUCCCGGAUAA